AUCACUAUAUUUUUUUUGCUGAAUAUUACUAUACACAUUCAAUGCAUUUAGAUGUUUUUUAAACCUUAGAUGUCGGCGUGUUGAUUCAUCCUCAUUGCAACGCAAAUGUCAAUUUUUUUAUGAACCAACGCAAUGGUCAAAUAUGGCAAGAACACAAAAUAGUCAAGUUUUUUUUUUUAUGAACCAUCGCAAUGGUUAAAUAUGUUAAGAACAAAAAAAGAAUAACAUUAUAUAAAAGGGAGAAUGAAUUAGGGAGACAAAUAAAGGAGAUAUUAUUAUUCAUCUCCUUCACAUAAUGUUUUUCCUCUCACUAUAUAUAUGAAUGCAAACUAUAACAACUAAAUAAAAACAAAAAACAACCAAGAGUGAAAGAUAUAAACACACAUCGUCAUCAACAAAACAAAAAGCAUAUUAAUAUAUUAAAGAAUGGUGGUCUCUACUAUUAAUGGUACUUCACCUUUGUCACAUUCCAAUGGCACAACAAUACCCCUCUCUACUUUCUCACGCAAUUCCUUUGUCAAUGUUGAGAAGGGUGAUCCAGUGGCAUUCCGGCCAUAUUGGGAGAAGGUGAGAGAUGAAUGUACGGUAGAGAUCAAAGGUGACGAAUGGAUGAGUUACCUUGGUGAUACAAACAACUUAUGUUGGUAUAUGGUGCCACAAAUGAGGGAUGCAAUUUUGAGGCUCCACAAUGUGGUCGGUAAUGCUGUCACAAAAGAUAAGUUCUUAGUAUUAGGGACAGGUUCUUCUCAACUCUACCAAGCUCUUCUUUAUGCACUCUCUCCUUCAAAAUCCUCUCAUCGUCCCAUUAAUGUUGUUGCUGCUGCACCUUAUUAUUCGGAAUACAAAGACGCAACUGAUAUCUUGCAAUCAAGGCUAUUUCAAUGGACCGGUGAUGCUGCUCUGUAUGAUAAAGAUGAACCUUACAUAGAGGUUGUGACCUCCCCAAACAACCCUGAUGGGACUCUUCGUGUACCGGUAGUGAACUCUGGAGUUGAAGGGAAAAUCAUUUAUGACUUGGCCUAUUACUGGCCGCAAUACACUCCCAUUACUGAUCAGCUUGACCAUGAUGUUAUGGUCUUCACAUUCUCCAAAUGCACCGGUCAUGCUGGUUCGCGUAUCGGGUGGGCAUUUGUAAAAGACAUUGAAGUUGCUAAAAAGAUGAUAAGAUUCGUACAGUUAAACUCCAUUGGCGUGUCAAGAGAAUCCCAAAUUCGAGCUGCUAAGAUGAUUGGAGUGAUUUGUGAUGGUUACAAAAAUUUGAAGUCCAUUGAAUCUGAUCACCUCUUUUUUGAUUAUAGCAAAAGACUCAUGAAAGAAAGGUGGGAGAAAUUUAAGGGAGCUAUUGAGAAAAGCAAGGUUUUUACCUUGACCAAAUACCCAACUUCCUAUUGUCACUUCAAUAAGGACUUAUCUGAGCAAUACCCAGCUUUUGCAUGGUUGAAGUGCUUGGAGGGCAUAAAAGAUGGCGAGAGUUAUUUGGAAAAAUUGAAGAUUCGUACAAGAGGAGGGGGGAGAUUUGGUGUCGAUGCAAAGUAUGUUAGGGUUAGCAUGAUUGGUACAGAGGACGAGUUCAUUGAAUUAUGUACAAGAUUGUCAAAUGCUAAAAGGGAAUGAUGUUGGAACCAUAAAAAAUGUCAUAUGUAGUGUUAGCUAGAUAGCUUGAGUUUCAUCAAAAUAUAUAAAAAUACAUCAUUUCUGCUAUUAAGAUAGAGGAUGUUUGAUGAUUAAACAUCAUAGAUAGGAGUCGUGGAUCUUAAUUAUUAGUUCAAUUUUG